AUGUCAACCAUUUAUAAGAAGGAAACGAAAACCGGAAAAGCGAUUUUCCCAAGAAGCGAUAGAAACUCGACUCUGGAUUUUACAAGAGAUCGUUUGGAAAUUGUUUACGAUGUUUUCACUGCUAGAGAUGGUAAUCAACAGCAAGACGGUGCUCCAUGCAUAAAUUUGGUCUUCCUGCAUCCCAGUGGUAUGAGUCGAGUGAUAUGGGAAGAUUACCUUCAAGAUUUCUUCCAACAUUCAACAAGCUGGACCGUGGGCAAAAUCAUUUUGCUAGAUCAGGUUAACCACGGCGACUCUGGUGUCAUCAAUAAAAACAAACUGGGUUCCAUCUACGACUGGAGCGACGGGUCCAGAGAUGUAUGCGAGAUAGCCUCUAAAGAACUAUUUUCUCAAAAUGGUGAUAAUAAUGGUUUUAAUAUUGUCAUUGGUCAUUCAAUGGGAGGAUUUCAAGCUCUGGGCUGCGGGGUAUUAUAUCCCGGGCUAUUUGAUCUAAUUAUAUGCAUAGAACCAGUCGUUCUGAUGAAAAAUAUCCAUAAUCCUGAGAACGUAACUAAGAUUCCAAUAGCAUUCCAUGAUGGGUUAUGGUCUAAGAUGACCGACCAAUUUAACGAUUUAAAUCACUUCGAAAAGUUCCUUUGCAAAGGCAGCUUUUAUGUCACAGCGCAAGAGAAUGUCCGCGACAGAAUAUCAGAUUUCGAGAAAAUGACAUUAGAAAAUGGCACUAUUAAAACUAAAAUGGACAAAUAUCAGCAUAUGAUCACGUACCUUUGCCUUCGACCCUAUGCGAGCUGGUUGAUGGGAAAUCUUAGGUUCCUGACACCGGCUGUUGUUUGUCUUUACGGUGAAAAAUCGAAGUGGUGUCCUAAAGAAAACCGCGAGCUUCUGAAGAGGGAAAUAAAGAAUUAUAAAGAGGAAGAUUUAGUCGGAGCUGAUCACCUUGUCACAAUUGAAAAUCCAGAAUUGCUUUCUGCCAAGCUUUGUGAACAUAUUAAACAAUUUUUGAAAGAAACUCCAAGGAAACAGCAGAGGCCUUUGACGGCGGAAGACAGACUCAAAAGAUUCAAGUAUCUUUACGCAGACCUUCUAAAACAACGAGUUGGACGCGGAUUUCCUAAAGUUUAG